GAAGUCCAAGUUUUUGAAGUUCUGUGGUCUAAAUCAAAACAAAAAGUUAACCAACAAAAUUAACCUAUAAUUGUAUUUUCUCUUUUAUCAUAGAAAAUGUUUUCCACAAGUACUCAAUGCAAAUACUGGAUGUUCGGCACUGAAGAAGAACUCAGCAAACUCAGGGAAAAGGCAAACCAAAGACAUAUUCAAACCUAUGGAAAACUAGUUAAUGAGGCAGUCAAAUAUGAAUUCUUUCUUACACCAGAAGAAGAGAAAAUCAUGGUAAAAAGAUACGAGCUGCACCUGCGAGACUUUUGUAAGAGGUUUCAGCCUCCUAUGCCAAGAUAUGUCGUAGGGACAUCAUUCCACUACUUCAAGCGUUUCUACAUCAAUAACUCUGUUAUGAAUUAUCACCCCAAGGAAAUAAUGGUGACCUGCAUUUAUUUGGCUUGCAAAGUUGAAGAAUUCAAUGUUUCUAUCCAACAGUUUGUAGCGAAUAUCAAAGGAGACAGGGAAAAAGCUACUGACAUUAUUUUGAAUAACGAGUUACUGUUGAUGAAGCAAUUGAACUUUCAUUUAUCGAUACAUAACCCUUUUAGACCCGUCGAAGGCCUGCUCAUCGAUAUAAAAACUAGGGGCUCCUUGCAAGAUCCGGAAAGACUGAGAUUGGGUACAGAACAUUUCUUAGAACGUGCCCUGCUUACAGAUGUCAUUUUACUGUAUUCUCCAAGUCAGGUAGCUUUGGCUGCUGUUUUGCACGCUGCAUCGAAACUGCAGGAAAACUUAGAUUCGUACGUUACAGAUAUCCUGUUUGGUGAUGAUGCCAAGGGAAAUUUGGAGGAGUUGAUUGAAGCCGUAAGAGCAAUUCGGUCUGUCGUAAAAAUGGCUGACUCUGUAUCAGACAGGAACCAACAAAAAAUUCUGGAUAAGAAGCUUGAGAAAUGCAGGAAUCCUGAGAACAAUCCAGAUAGUGAAAUGUGAGUAUGUUGAAUUUAUCU